AUGGGGAAACAGAACAGCAAGCUACGGCCAGAGAUGCUUCAGGACCUGAGAGAGAACACGGAGUUCUCCGACCACGAACUACAGGAGUGGUACAAGGGCUUCCUAAAGGACUGUCCCAGCGGCAACCUGAACGUAGAGGAGUUUAAGAAGAUCUACGCCAAUUUCUUCCCGUACGGAGAUGCCUCCAAGUUCGCCGAGCACGUCUUCCGAACGUUUGACACCAACAGCGACGGAACCAUCGACUUCCGGGAGUUCAUCAUCGCGCUGAGUGUCACGUCACGGGGAAAGCUGGAGCAGAAACUGAAGUGGGCCUUCAGCAUGUAUGACCUGGAUGGGAAUGGGUACAUCAGCCGUGAUGAGAUGCUGGAGAUCGUCCAGGCCAUUUAUAAGAUGGUGUCGUCUGUGAUGAAGAUGCCAGAGGACGAGUCUACUCCAGAGAAGAGAACAGAGAAGAUCUUCAGACAGAUGGACCUCAACAACGAUGGUAAACUGUCUCUGGAGGAGUUCAUUAAAGGUGCCAAAAGUGAUCCUUCCAUCGUGCGGCUACUCCAGUGUGACCCCAGCUCCGCCUCCCAGUUCUAAUCCCGCCCACCUGGCCUGCCAUGUCCACCCCGGUUGCUAUGGAAACGCUCAAAUCAGUGCAUGAUGGUUCUCGUCUCUCAUAUCUUUUUGUUGUACAAGUUGGAAGAAGAGUUUUAAAACGAGAUAAAACUAAAAUCAUUCUAAUUUUAUUUAAAAAAUAUAUAUAAACGAAAAGAAGGGACAUGCAUAGAUUAUUAUUAAGAAGAUAAGACAACAACUGAGGAUACAAAAAACAAGGCGUUGCCAAGGCAUUUCGUUGUCCGACGUGUUUUCCCGUCUCUCUCCGGAUCUGGAAGGAUGGAAUUCUGCUGAGCUCCGCUGCCUCACAGCGCCAGGAAGUCCGUCGACCAUUUUUUACAAAGUCGGGAAUUUUGGGGGAAGAGAAUUAAGGGAACAUUCCAUCCUGAGAACCAUGCAUGGCCCUCUGUGUUCUAAUUAUUCUGUUCAAUAGAUUCUGUUUUCGCCUCCAAUCAAGGCACAGCUUCUACAAUUCUCUUACAUGUUUAUGUGUGUAUAGAGUGCAUAUAUCUAUGACAUCAUACAAAAUGAAUAGCCAAGUAUAUCUGUCUUUUAUAACUCUUGUUGCAUUCAGAAGGCAGUAUUAUGUAGCUGAGCUUGCUCUGAUCUGAUAUGGGAAUUCCGUAGCGGUUUUCCGUAGAGGGAAUAUGAGAGUGGGAAGGGAAAGGAGUUGGGAAUUUUCCUGCUAUAUGAUCUUUCACUGGGGGAAAAGAAAGCUGUUGAAGAUACCAUUUGUUUUUUUUUUUAAUUAUUGAUUGAGUAUUAUUAUUUUAUUACAUAAUAUUGUUUUCCCCAUGUUGUUUACUUAUAUUGAUUUGUUUUAAUUAUUGUGGUUUUAUUUUUGAUUUGCCAUUGAAGACGAUCGUAACCCAAUACUGGAGAAGAAUCGAAAGAAAGAAAGAUCGAGAGAGAUAUAGAAAGAUACCCGGAUAAUGACGUGUCUUUGGACACCGUCUGUCUUAUAUCUGUCCAAGAUGGAAAGUUGAGAUUUCAAAACUCGGCAUGGAAGGAAAACUGGGAAAAUUUGAACAUUUGAUUCCAUAAUGCAUUUGAGCAUCGAAACCGGUAGCAGCAAAUCAUAUCAUUUGAGCCGCCACAAGUGUAUGCAUGCAUGCAUGUAUGUGUGUGUAUGUCUGAGUGUGUGUGUGUGUGUGGGUGCGUGCGUGUGCAUGUGUGUACAGUAUGCAUGUGUACAGUUUGUGUAUGUCCAGGCUAACUUAACAGUCUAAUCAAUAAUGUUGUUUAUUAACAUGUAAUAUAAGCAUUUAAAAGUUAUUUAUUUAAACACUUUAUUACAUCACUGAGCAGUAAAGUACAGUCGUCACAUUGUCACACACCACACUGCAUGGUACACACACAAACACAGAAAUUAAGAUUUGUAGUUUUUCUCUCUUCAGCUGUACUCUUACUGUAAUCUACCAGACCACUCUUACUGUAAUCUACAAUUGGCUCAUUCAUCCCCCUCCUCUCCCCUGUAACUAUUCCCCAGGUCGUUGCUGCAAAUGAGAACGUGUUCUCAGUCAAUUUACCUGGUAAAAUAACGGAUAGUAGCCUGUAGUCCACCAGACCACUCUUACUGUAGUCUAUCAGACAACGCUUAUUGUAGCCUACCAGACCACUCUUACUGUAGCCUACCAGACAACGCUUACUGUAAUCUACCAGACCACUCUUACUGUAAUUUACCAGACCACGCUUAAUGUAGCCUACCAGACAACGCUUACUGUAAUCUACCAGACCACUCUUACUGUAAUCUACCAGACCACACUUACUGUAGUCUACCAGACCACUCUUACUGUAGUCUACCAGACCACUCUUACUGUAAUCUACCAGACCACUCUUACUGUAAUCUACCAUACAACGCUUACUGUAAUCUACCAGACCACUCUUACUGUAGUCUACCAGACCACACACAGAAGACGCAUGUCCCGUCUUUGCGCACUCGUGUGUGUGUGUGUGUGUGUGUGUGUGUGUGUCCGUGUGUGCCACUUUGAGACAGACCCCUCCCCUCCAUCCCUCCUUCCGUCCCUCGUCUCCUAGACAUAGAGAACACACUAAGGGCUUCAUUAUCAUUCUCAAUCCCGAUGCGUUUGUGUUAUCUUCCUAUGUGUACUUAGCCAACAGGCAGUAGGUAGAGGAGUUGUUUUAAUAAGACACUGAUCACCAAGAAUAAGUGUCCCAAAUGACACCCUAUUCCCUAUAUAGUGCACUACUUUUGACCAAGUGCCCCAUAGGGCUCUGAAGGAGUGCACACUUCAGAAUGUAUACUGCACUGCACCUCUGCUAAUGGUCUCCCAGUGUCACUGCCCCCUGGUGGUUGAAUGAGGAACAGUCGCUGCUACUCUGCUGCUAAAUUAUUGGACAUGUUUUCCAGAAACCUCAGUAGGAAGAUUCUCAGAUUAUCCUGCUGAUUCAAGGAAUUUUUCCAACCGGGAUUUCUGGAGAACCCUGGACAUUUUGGAAAAGUUACUUGAAUUUUGCAACCCUAUUCCAUCCCACCUACCCCUCUUCUAUACCGUCCCACCUACCCCUCUUCUAUACCGUCCUACCUACCCCUCUUCUAUACCGUCCCACCUACCCCUCUUCUAUACCGUCCCACCUACCCCUCUUCUAUACCGUCCUACCUACCCCUCUUCUAUACCGUCCCACCUACCCCUCUUCUAUACCGUCCCACCUACCCCUCUUCUAUACCGUCCCACCUACCCCUCUUCUAUAUCGUCCCACCUACCCCUCUUCUAUACCGUCCUACCUUCCCCUCUUCUAUACCGUCCUACCUUCCCGUCUUCUAUACCGUCCUACCUACCCCUCUUCUAUACCGUCCUACCUACCCCUCUUCUAUACCGUCCUACCUACCCAUCUUCUAUACCGUCCUACCUACCCCUCUUCUAUACCGUCCUAUCUACCCCUCUUCUAUUGCGUCCCACCUACCCCUCUUCUAUACCGUCCCACCUACCCCUCUUCUAUACCGUCCUACCUACCCCUCUUCUAUACCGUCCUACCUACCCCUCUUCUAUACCGUCCUACCUACCCCUCUUCUAUACCGUCCUACCUACCCCUCUUCUAUACCGUCCUACCCACCCCUCUUCUAUACCGUCCUACCUACCCCUCUCCUAUACCGUCCUACCUACCCCUCUUCUAUAGCGUCCUACCUACCCCUCUUCUAUACCGUCCUACCUUCCCCUCUUCUAUACCGUCCUACCUACCCCUCUUCUAUAGCGUCCUACCUACCCCUCUUCUAUACCGUCCUACCUUCCCCUCUUCUAUAGCGUUCUACCUACCCCUCUUCUAUACCGUCCUACCUUCCCCUCUUCUAUACCGUCCUACCUUCCCCUCUUCUAUACUGUCCUACCUACCCCUCUUCUAUACCGUCCUACCUUCCCCUCUUCUAUACCGUCCUACCUACCCCUCUUCUAUACCGUCCUACCUUCCCCUCUUCUAUACCGUCCUACCUACCCCUCUUCUAUAGCGUCCUACCUACCCCUCUUCUAUACCGUCCUACCUUCCCCUCUUCUAUACCGUCCUACCUACCCCUCUUCUAUACCGUCCUACCUUCCCCUCUUCUAUACCGUCCUACCUACCCCUCUUCUAUAGCGUCCUACCUACCCCUCUUCUAUACCGUCCUACCUUCCCCUCUUCUAUACCGUCCCACCUACCCCUCUUCUAUACCGUCCUACCUACCCCUCUUCUAUACCGUCCUACCUUCCCCUCUUCGAUACCGUCCUACCUACCCCUCUUCUAUACCGUCCUACCUUCCCUUCUUCUAUACCGUCCCACCUACCCCUCUUCUAUAGCGUCCUACCUACCCCUCUUCUAUACCGUCCUACCUACCCCUCUUCUAUACCGUCCUACCUACCCCUCUUCUAUACCGUCCUACCUACCCCUCUUCUAUACCGUCCUACCUUCCCCUCUUCUAUACCGUCCUACCUACCCCUCUUCUAUACCGUCCUACCUACCCCUCUUCUAUACCGUCCUACCUACCCCUCUUCUAUACCGUCCUACCUACCCCUCUUCUAUACCGUCCUACCUACCCCUCUUCUAUACCGUCCUACCUACCCCUCUUCUAUACCGUCCUACCUACCCCUCUUCUAUAGCGUCCUACCUACCCCUCUUCUAUACCGUCCUACCUUCCCCUCUUCUAUACCGUCCCACCUACCCCUCUUCUAUACCGUCCUACCUACCCCUCUUCUAUACCGUCCUACCUUCCCCUCUUCUCUACCGUCCUACCUACCCCUCUUCUAUACCGUCCUACCUUCCCCUCUUCUAUACCGUCCUGGCUACCCCUCUUCUAUAGCGUCCUACCUACCCCUCUUAUAUACCGUCCUACCUACCCCUCUUCUAUACCGUCCCACCUACCCCUCUUCUAUACCGUCCUACCUUCCCUUCUUCUAUAGCGUCCUACCUACCCCUCUUCUAUACCGUCCUACCUUCCCCUCUUCUAUACCGUCCUACCUACCCCUCUUCUAUACCGUCCUACCUUCCCCUCUUCUAUACCGUUCUACCUACCCCUCUUCUAUAGCGUCCUACCUACCCCUCUUCUAUACCGUCCUACCUUCCCCUCUUCUAUACCGUCCUACCUACCCCUCUUCUAUACCGUCCUACCUUCCCCUCUUCUAUACCGUCCUACCUACCCCUCUUCUAUACCGUCCUACCUUCCCCUCUUCUAUACCGUCCCACCUACCCCUCUUCUAUACCGUCCUACCUUCCCCUCUUCUAUACCGUUCUACCUACCCCUCUUCUAUAGCGUCCUACCUACCCCUCUUCUAUACCGUCCUACCUUCCCCUCUUCUAUACCGUCCUACCUACCCCUCUUCUAUACCGUCCUACCUACCCCUCUUCUAUACCGUCCUACCUACCCCUCUUUUAUACCGUCCUACCUACCCCUCUUCUAUACCGUCCUACCUACCCCUCUUUUAUACCGUCCUACCUACCCCUCUUCAAUUCUCACUGCCUCUAAAACUGGUACCUUCAGGUGGAUCAUUAAAAAACCUCCUAUUUCUUAAUUUUUUUCUGUUGCAUGAAAACCUCCAGCAAAGAUUGUCAUGUUACUUCCUGUUUUGACCCGAAUCAAUGACAAAUAUACCUUAUGUAUUUCAAA